AUGCCAGUGGCUUCUAUAGUCCUCCUCUAUCUCGGUGUGGUCUGGGCUGGGCCCAAGCUGAUGAAACACAGGGAACCUGUUGACCUCAAGGCUGUGCUCAUUGUCUACAACUUCGCCAUGGUCUGUCUGUCUGUCUACAUGUUCCAUGAGGUGUGCUCCAACCCUCAUCAAAAUGAGUGGAUUUCUCUUUAAACGUGUGUGUGGUGUGUGUGUGUGUGUUCAGCAGCCACAGAAAUGGGCCUAAUUGUGUUUUAUAAUGAUAUGUUUCACCUGACCUAUAAGGGUUUUGAUGUUGCAGUUCUUGGUCACGUCCAUGCUGUCUAAAUACAGUUACCUGUGUCAACCUGUGGAUUACAGUACUAGCCCACUGGCAAUGAGGGUAAGAGUGCGUCUGAAAAGUCCCUACUGUACACAAACCGUUGGACCUCUCAUAUAGGAUAUAGUUGACCUAACUGGCAAAUGCCCGCAAAUAGUACACAUAUCUAUUCCAUCUCUGAAGACUGUCCCAAAGCCCUGGCCAUAACAGUGGAUAACUGUCUCUGUCUGUUUGUUUCACCAGAUGGCCAAAGCAUGCUGGUGGUUUUUCUUCUCUAAGGUCAUAGAACUGGCUGACACGGUAAAACACAUUGAAAAUCAGGGUCAUAUUCACUAGGCACCGAACAGAAGAAAACAAACUGAAAUGGGGACUACUGUCCAGGAAACGUGUUCCGUUGCAAAACGUUUUCCUACGGUGUGCAUUAAUCAAUAUGACCCAGGAUUAGCGUCAGACUCAUGUGAAACACUGGAAAUCCAUUUCAAACCCAUUCCAAACUCUCCAUUGACAGGUGUUCUUCAUCCUGAGGAAGAAGAACAGUCAGCUGACCUUCCUGCAUGUCUAUCACCAUGCCACCAUGAUCUUCAACUGGUGGGCAGGGGCAAAGUACCUGGCUGGAGGCCAAUGUAAGUCUAGCAGUACGAAGACCAGGAGUUCUUUCUGAUCACAUGUCUUCCUGACCAGGAAAAACUCUGGAUCCUACUCGUUAAUGCUCUGUAUCAACGCAUAUGUUAUGUUUCAGGGCUGCCAUACAUUUGUUUAAUUAACGUCUUAUAAGAUGUUUUAUCAACUCUCUGUUGGCACUUAUCAUCACCUGGUAGGCACCUGGUAGACUUACAAAUAUACAUAUUCAUUGUAAGUCGCUCUGAAUAAGAGUGUCUGCUAAAUGACUAAAAUUUAAAUGUAAAAUUAUUAAUGGGGUCCUAGCAAAUUGUCCAUACCAUGCAUGAUGUUGUGCAACAGAUAGUUGAGAUGUUUUGUGUUCCUGUCUCUCCUAGCGUUCUGCAUUGGCCUUCUCAACACCUUCGUCCACACCGUGAUGUACUCCUACUAUGGACUGGCUGUCCUUGGGCCUCACAUGCAGAAGUACUUAUGGUGGAAACGCUAUCUGACCUCACUUCAGCUGGUGAGUGGCUCUAUCUUCAGCUCUGCAUACAUCUAGUGGGGUUUAAGCAAAAGGGAUACAUCUGGGGUUUGUGAAUUGGUUGGCUACUACAGAAGCUUCGAUAGUAUUGGGAUUAAGGCCUAGAUUCAAUCAGUUCAGUGUUAACCCGCUUUUGGUUAGGCGAUGUCGGAGGUGUAACUGUUAGAGUUGUCAAAUCGGUGAGUGGCUGCUCUUGUGGUCAUUGUCAAGAAACCACACCCAUCCUUAAAUCCCACCCGCAUUAAUAGUUCAGAAUGACUAUAUAGAAACCAUGACACUCAAAGUGAAAACCAUUAACCUCUACAGGAUCGGUGUCCUUAUACCAGGACGGUUGCUGCUCAAUAUGCGAUAUGUGACUAGAAUGGCGUUGUAAACAACAGCCAACAUUCCGGGACAUAGACAUGUCUUAUAUGUGCAGAAAGCUUAAAUUCUUGUUAAUCUAACUGCAGUGUCCAAUUUACAGUAGCUAUUACAGCUAAAGAAAUACCAUGCUAUUGUUUGAGGAUAGCGCACAACAACAAAACACUUUUGACACGGCAACUGGUUUGAAACAUUCACCUCUGAAGGUAAAUAAUGUACUUACAUUCAGUAAUCUUGCUCUGAUUUGUAGCAGAGUUUUGGUUGAUAAAAUCAAUUUUUAUAUUCAAAUGUAGGUAUUUGGUAUUUUAUUAGGAUCCCCAUUAGCUGUUGCAAAAUCAGCAGCUACUCUUCUUGGGGUCCACUCAAACAUGAAACAUGACAUAAUACAAAACAUUAAUAGACAAGAACAGCUCAAGGACAGAAAUACAUACACACAAACUAUCUAGGUCAAAUAGGGGAGAGGCGUUGUGCCGUGAGGUGUUGCUUUAUCUGUUUUUUUAAACCAGGUUAGCUGUUUAUUUGAGGAAUAUGAGAUGGAAUGGAGUUCCAUGCAAUAAUGGCUCUAUAUAAUACUGUACGCUUUUUUGAUUUGGGGACUGUGAAAAGACGUCUGGUGGGGUAAGUGUGUGUGUCAGAGCUGGUUGUAAGUUGACUGUGCAAACAAUUUGGGAUUUUCAACACAUUAAUGUUUCUUAUAAAAAGAAGAAGUGAUGCAGUCAGUCUCUCCUCAACUCUUAGCCAAGAGAGACUGGCAUGCAUAGUAUUUAUAUAAGCCCUCUGAUUACAAUGAAGAGCAAGACGUGCCGCUCUGUUUUGGACCAGCUGCAGCUUAACUAGGUCUUUCCUUGCAGCACUGGACCACACGACUGGACAAUAAUUAAUAUUAGACAAAACUAGAGCCUGCAGAACUUGCUUUUUGGAGUGUGGUGUCAAAAAAGCAGAGCAUCUCUUUAUUACGGACAGACCUCUCCCCAUCUUUACAACCAUUGAAUCUGUAUGUUUUGACCAUGAUAGUUUACAAUCUAAGGUAACACCAAGUAAUUUAGUCUCCUCAACUUGUUCAACAGCCACACCAUUCAUUACCAGAUUCAGCUGAGGUCUAGAACUUAGGGAAUGAUUUGUACCAAAUACAAUGUUCUUAGUUUUAGAGAUGUUCAGGACCAGUUUAUUAGUGGCCACCCAUUCCAAAACAGACUGCAACUCUUUGUUAAAGGUUUUUGUGACUUCAUUAGCUGUGGUUGCUGAUGCGUAUAUGGUUGAAUCAUCAGCAUACAUGGACACACAUGCUUUGUUUAAUGCCAGUGGCAGGUCAUUGGUAAAAAUUGAAAAGAGUAGAGGGCCUAGAGAGCUGCCCUGUGGUACAUCACACUUUACAUGUUUGACAUUAGAGAAGCUUCCAUUAAAGAAAACUGAGUUCUAUUAGAUAGAUAGCUCUGAAUCCAUGAUAUGGCAGAGGUUGAAAAGCCAUAACACAUACGUUUUUUCAACAACAGAUUAUGGUCAAUAAUAUCAAAGGCUGCACUGAAAUCUAACAGUACAGCUCCCACAAUCUUCUUAUUAUCAAUUUCUUUCAACCAAUCAUCAGUCAUUUGUGUCAGUGCAGUACAUGUUGAGUGCCCUUCCCUUUAAGCAUGUUGAAAGUCUGUUGUUAAUUUGUUUACAGAGAACUGUAAGUCACUCUGGAUAAGAGCAUCUGCUAAAUGACUAAAAUGUCAAUGUAAAUAGCAUUGUAUUUGGUCAAACACCAUUUUUUCCAACAGUUUGCUAAGAGCUGGCAGCAAGCUUAUAGGUCUACUGUUAGAACCAGUAAAGGCCGCUUUACCAUUAUUGGGUAGUGGAAUUACUUUGGCUUCCCUCCUGGCCUGCGGACAAAGACUUUCAUCUAGGCUCAGAUUAAAGAUAUGACAGAUAGGAGUGGCUAUAGAGUCCUCUACCAUCCUCAGUAUCUUUCCAUCUAAGUCAAUGCCAGGAGGUUUGUCAUUAUUGAUCAAUAACAAUAACUUUUCCACAUCUCCCACACUAACUUUACAAAAUUCAAACUUGCAAUGCUUUUCUUUCAUUAUUUGUUUUUUUUAUGCAUGAAUACGAUGGCUCACUGUUCAUUGUUGGCAUUUCCUGCCUAAGUUUGCCCACUUUGCCAAUGAAGUAAUAAUUAAAAUAAUUGGCAACAUCAAAUAAGCCAUCUGAUUCGAUGAAAGAUGGUGUAGAAUUUGUCUUUCUACCCAUCAUUUCAUUUCUUUAUAUCAUUGAUCUUGGCUUCAUGAUACAGUUUCUUCUUCUUUUUGUAGAGUUUAGUCACAUAAUUUCUCAAUUUGCAGUAAGUCAACCAGUCAGAUGUGCAGCCAGACUUAUUAGCCACUCCUUUUGUCCCAUCUCUUUCAACCAUACAGUUGUUCAAUUCCUCAUCAAUCCAUUGAGCCUUAACAGUUCUAACAGUCAGUUUCCUAACAGGUGCAUGUUUAUCAAUAAUUGGAAGAAGCAAUUUAAUACAUUUAUGAAGUGCAGCAUCUGGAUGCUCCUUAUUAAUCACAUCAGACCAACAAAUAUGUUUUACAUCAUCCAAAUAUGAGUCACAGCAAAAUAUUUUGUAUGAUCUCUUAUGCACUAUUUUAGGCCCAGCUGUUGGAACUUUGGCUUUCCUGGAUAUAGCCACUAUAUUGUGAUCACUGCAUCCAAUGGGUACGGAUACAGCUUUAGAACAAAUGUAUACAGUAUUAGUAAAAAUGUGAUCGAUACAUGUGGAUGAUCUUGUUCCUGUAGUGUUUGUAAACACCCUGGUAGGUUGAUUAAUAACCUGAACCAGAUUAAAGGCACUGGUUAAAGUAAGAAGCUUCCUCUUGAGCGGACAGCUUGAUGAAAACCAGUCAAUAUUCAGGUCCCCAAGAAAGUAGACCUCUCUGUUUACAUCACAUACACUAUCAAGCAUUUCACACAUAUUAUUUAAAUACUGACUGUUCGCACUUGGUGGCCUAUAGCAACACCCCAAAAGAAAAGGCUUUAGAUGUGGCAAGUGAACCUGCAACCACAACACUUCGAUAACACUUGACAUAAGAUCUUCUCUAAGCAGUACAGGGAUAUGUCUCUGAAUAUAUACAGCAACACCUGCCCCAUAAGCAUUUCUGUCUCUUCUAUAGAUGUUAUAUUCUUGUAUUGCUACUGCUGUAUCAUCAAAUGAAUGAUCUAAGUGAGUCUCAGAAAUGGCUAAUAUAUGAAUGUUAGCGGAUGUUAGCAAGUUAUUGGGCGCGCUCCAGCUCAAUUUUCCUGGUCCAUCUUCAAUUUCUCAGAGAUCAUUUCCCUCACUUUGUCCUCAGACUCCGUCCAGGUCUCAUGGAGAUUUUGCAAUUCCGUCCACAACCAUGUUGUUACGCCUUGAUUGUCCUUCGAGUCUGAUUUAUCCGUCAUUGUUAUCAUGGAUUCACAGACAGAACUGAUGUCCUCUCUCAAUGACUUACAGAUUGCUGUAAUCUUGCCGUUCUCCCGUUUCAACUCAUCCAGCUGACACUGGGAGAACUACAAACUGUUCUUCAGGUGCUGGGCCUCUCUGGUCAGGUCGUCCAUUAUUUUAUUAGUCGAAUCCACCAGUAUUUGGACAAAGCACUUGAAGCUAUCUUCUUGUUGUUGUAACAACUGCUUGUAGAACUCUUUUUGUUCAUUUAAAAGAUCCUUCACGUGUGAUAGAGAGACACCACUGUCCUCGACAACAGUACUCCCGCCGGCUUUGGUCUUUGUCAUGGUAGCUAGCAACGUAGGUUACGCUGUUACUCCUCGCAAUUCCAGACAGGGCAGGUCACAGGGAAGAUUGAAAACAACAAACAACAGGGAUCUAGACAUCCACAAACCCGGGACAAUCCACGGUCCCAGCCACAAUGGCUAACCGCGUUGCAGGCUGCGUUCAAGCCCUCAAGAAAACCCUGCUACAUUUUACAUUUUAGUCAUUUUGGCAGACGCUCUUACCCAGAGCGACUUACAGUUAGUGAGUGCAUACAUUUUUCAUACUGGCCCCCUGUGGGAAUCGAACCCACAAACCUGGCGUAGGCUAGCUGCAACGCCAAAUAGCUCCUCAGACCUGUCCUUGGUCGAAAAGAUCACUGGACAGAGACUAGCAAUCCCAGCAACUGAUGCCAACUGUGUUGCGGGAUCCAACCUAAAAAGUUAGCUAGCUACAAAGAACUUCCCAAUACACUUUAAAAACAACAAAUCCGAGCUCUUCCUUGUUCAACAGGAAGUACUUGUGAGGAACUGGGUUCUACAGUUUUUUGACCCCCUGCUGUCUCAGGCUCCACCCACAAAAUAUUGUGUAGUGAUGUAAUCCUUCACUGGAUCAGUCUGAAACUUUUCACACAUAAUGCUGCCAUCUUGGGAACAACAGCUAAAUUACACCUAGAUUCCUACAUCACUCUCUGGCCUUUCUCUUCCAUUUCAAAGCUGAUGCAAAAAAUAAAAUAAAACGCAUGUUUUUUUGUUUGUAUUUUCUUUUACCAGAUCUAAUGUGUUAUUCUCCUAUAUUCAUUUCACAUUUCCACAAACUUCAAAGUGUUUAAUUUCAAUUGAUACCAAGAAUAUGCAUAUCCUUGCUUCAGGUCCUGAGCUACAGGCAGUUAGAUCAUUUUAGGCGCAAAUUGAAAAAAAUAGUACGAUCCUUAAGAGGUACGAUAAGCUAAGGAUUUAUAUCAGCCUAGUGGAGGUGUAUAUUACAUCACACAUUCCAGUGUUCGUACUUGUAUCACUUCUGAAUUGGAUUUCUAUUAAUGCGACAUGGUGCAUCCAAUGGCGAUGUCCGCGACAGGUAUAAGCAUGGCGCUUGCAACGCCAGGGUUGUGGGUGCGUUUCCCACGGGGGGCCAGUAUGAAAAGAUUUAUGCACUCACAAACUGUAAGUCGCUCUGGAUAAGAGCGUCUGCUAAAUGACUAAAAUGUAAUGUAAAUGUAAAAUGUAAAAAUGUAUAACACUUGGAGACAAUUGUGGAUUUGACAGCUCUAACACAGUUACACCUCCUACAUCACCUAAACAAAAGCAAUCAUAUGCUAUGCAGUUGUCGGUUAUAUCGGGUUAACGCUGAACGGAUUAAAUCUAGGCCUUAUGAGUGGUAGAAAACAGAUCAUGUGAUUAUGAACAGAGAUUUUUCAGAGAAAGUUAUACCUCCAAAACUGUCUGAAUCUGAACCAAUUGUUCUCCUCACGGUGGUUUCAGCUCCAGUUUGUCCUGCUGGCCACUCACACGGGCUACAACCUCUUCACUGAGUGUAACUUCCCAGACUCCAUGAAUGCCUAUGUGUUUUUCUACUGUGUCAGCCUCAUCCUUCUCUUCAGCAACUUCUACUAUCAGAGUUACCUCAGCAGGAAGAUCAAGAAGACGUAA